AUGGAAGUGACCAAUAAGACAAUUCUAACUGAAUUUAUUCUACUGGGACUUUCCAAAUACCCCAAACUUGAGAUUUUCUUUUUUGUGUUGUGCAUGAUAAUAUAUAUGAUUGUCCUAUUUGGAAAUAGUGUCAUUAUCCUACUGAGUAUUCUUGAUUCCCAUCUUCACACCCCCAUGUACUUCUUCCUCAGUAAUCUCUCUUUCUUAGACAUUUGUUAUACAUCUUCAUUUGUGCCCAAAAUGCUGGUGAACUUCUUGUCUACCCGAAAAUCCAUGUCUGUCUUGGGAUGUGCAGCCCAGAUGUCAAUAUCCUUUGCCAUGGGAACUACAGAGUGUGUCCUCCUGGCUGUGAUGGCUUAUGACCGCUAUGUGGCCAUCUGCAACCCUCUAAGGUAUCCCAUUAUAAUGAAAAGGACCGUUUAUGUGUACCUGACAGCUUUGUGCUGGCUAAUAGGAAGUCUUAACUCUCUAUUUCAAACCAUUCUUACUAUGCAGUUGCCUUUUUGUGGGAAAAAUGUCAUUGAUCACUUCACAUGCGAAAUCCUGGCCGUCAUGCACCUGGCCUGUGUUGACAUCUCUCUCAAUGAACUCAUCAUGCUGGUAGCAACUAUAAUACUCACCUUGACCCCUCUCCUAUUAAUCUUUGUUUCUUAUGUCUUCAUCCUCUCCACCAUUUUAAAGAUCCGCUCUGCUGAGGGGAGAAGCAAAGCCUUUUCUACCUGCUCAGCACACCUAACUGUGGUCAUCAUAUUCUAUGGAACUAUCCUCUUCAUGUAUAUGAAGCCCAAAUCCAAAGCCUCACUGACCACAGAUAAGCUGAUUGCCAUGUUUUAUGGGAUUUUUACCCCCAUGCUCAAUCCUAUCAUCUAUAGUCUGAGAAAUAAGGAUGUGAACGCUGCAGUGAAAAAAAUGCUAAGCAGAAAACUGUAUUUACAGAAAAUGUGA